GCUGUGGAAUCCUGAAUGGAGCUUGAUGAAGGCCUCAGCUCAGAGCGGAAGAGGAGGAGCGCCGCUGACCCCGCCCCCGGCGAUGACGCGCAGCUCCUUUUCGCGCGCUCGGCGCCAAGCCCUGUGAGGGGAUCCUCUGCCGCCAUGCCGCGGGGAGGAGGCCUGGACCCCGCCGCGCCCUGCCCCGCCCGCGACGCCCUCGCCCACCUCUGCCGGGAGCUCAACCUGGACGCCGGCAGCGCCGCCGAGGCCCUUCGCGACUUCUCCGCGCUGCGGGGCACCUACAGCCUAGAGGGAGAAACUGUACAUUGGCUGGCUUGUGCUCUGUAUGUUGCCUGCCGUAAGAGUAUUAUUCCCACUGUAGGAAGUGGCUUGAUGGAAGGAAAUUGUGUCUCACUGACUCGGAUAUUGCGCACAGCAAAAUUAAGUUUAAUUCAGUUUUUUAGUAAAAUGAAAAAAUGGAUGGACAUGUCUAAUCUGUCUCAUGAGUUUCGAGAGAGAGUGGAGAGACUAGAGAGAAACUUUGAAGUGUCCACUGUGAUUUUCAAGAAGUUCACACCAAUAUUUUUGGAUAUAUUUAAAAAUCCUUAUGAAGAACAACCAAAGCUACAAAGAAGUAGAAAACAGAGGCGGAUACCUUGUAGUGCUAAAGACCUAUUCAACUUCUGCUGGACCCUAUUUGUUUACACGAAAGGGAAUUUCAGUAUGAUUGGAGAUGAUCUGGUGAAUUCAUACCAUUUACUUCUGUGUUGCUUAGACCUGACUUUUACCAGCGCACUUUUGUGUCCACAUAAAAUAGACUUACUGAAUUCCUCUUUCAAAGGUUUGCCAGAAGAUUUCCACAAGGCUGACUCCAGAACCUUUGAAGGACCUCCAUGCAUUAUUGCCACACUUUGUGAAUUACAUGAUGGCCUUUUAAUAGAAGCCAAGGGCAUAAAGGAACAUUAUUUUAAGCCAUAUAUUUCCAAGCUUUAUGAUAGGAAGAUUUUAAAAGGAGACUGUCUUUUGGAUCUUAAUAACUUUUUAGAUAACAACAAAGCACUGAAUAAAGAAUAUGAAGAAUAUGUUCUGACAGAAGGUGACUUUGAUGAGAGGGUUUUCUUAGGGGCAGAUGCAGAGGAGGAAAUUGGAACUCCUCAAAAGUUUUCCACUGAUAUGCCAUCUGGGAAGGUAAUGACAAGGGCUCAUGUGGAGUGCCAUCUUCAGCAGCAUUUUGAGAAGAAAAGAUCCUUUGCACCUUCUACCCCCUUGACUGGCAGAAGAUACCUGAGAGAGAAGGAACCAGUUAUUACUCCAGUCGCUUCUGCAACACAGAGCGUAAGCCGGCUACAGAGCAUUGUAGCAGGGCAGAAAAAUGGACCAAGUGAACAGCUUCUAAUUAUUUUUGAGUCUUGUGUACGAAAUCCUAUUGAAAACAUCAUGAGCAGAGUGAAAGAGAUAGGUGAAAUUUUUUGUCAGAAUUAUACCCGGUCUACUGAUGAUCAGCCAGGAUCUCACAUAGAUUUUGCUGUUAAUCGGUUAAAAUUGGCAGAAAUCCUUUAUUAUAAAAUACUGGAGACCAUCAUGGUACAAGAAAUGCGAAGACUGCAUGGCAAAGACAUGUCUGCUCUUUUAGAGCAAGAUAUUUUCCACUGUUCCCUCCUGGCAUGUUGUUUAGAGAUUGUGCUUUUUGCAUACAGUUCACCACGAACUUUCCCCUGGAUCAUUGAGGUUCUUAACCUCAGACCAUUCUAUUUCUAUAAGGUGAUUGAAGUAUUGAUUCGAUCUGAAGAAGGACUUUCUCGAGACACGGUGAAACAUCUGAACAGCAUUGAGGAACAAAUCCUUGAAAGCCUCGCAUGGACCAAAGACUCUGCCCUGUGGGAUGCCCUCCAAGCGUCUGAAAACAAGGCUCCUACCUGCGAAGAAGUAAUAUUUCCAUGUAAUUUAGAAACAGGGAAUGGAGUCAGAGGACUAGGACAUCUUCCCAUGAUUCCAGUGUCUCCAAUAGUGCAUCCGCGAGUAAAAGAGGUUCGGACGAAUCUUGGGGGAAAUAUUAGACGGGAUAUGCAAACAUUGUCUCCGAUCUCGGUUCACGAUCGCUAUAGUUCUCCUAUGGCUGGAAGUGCUAAGAGAAGACUUUUUGGGGAUGAAAGCCCAAGAGAAAAAUCUGCAGAAAAAAAGCUUACUGAAGGGACCAGGCUGAAAAUUGCCCCGGUUUCAAACUUUACUGAUGAACAUUUAUCUGUCUCACCUGAACAGACAGUUUUCAGCAUGGCAACAGCUUCAGUAACAGGACAUAAAAUGACAAUUCCAUUGCAUGGUAUUGCAAGUGAUACAGGAGGGAUAACUUUGAUACCCAUUUCAAUCAAUGUAUCUGAAGAAUCAAAAGUGGACUGCCAUGGACAAGUGCCCCUAAGUGCUCAGGCUUUAUUGAACAUGUCCCCUGGACAUCAUAUGGCUCAAACCCAAGAGGGUUAUCCUCUGUCAGGAAAUAGACCAAAGAAAACUGGAUCUCUGGCACUGUUUUUCAGAAAGGUGUAUCAUCUUGCAAGUGUGCGGUUACGUGAUCUCUGCUUAAAAUUGGAUGUUUCUAAUGAGUUACGCAGGAAGAUAUGGACGUGUUUUGAAUUCUCAUUAGUUCAUUGUACGGAUCUUAUGAAAGACAGGCACUUGGAUCAGCUCCUCCUCUGUGCUUUUUACAUCAUGGCAAGGGUCUCUAAAGAAGAAAGAACUUUUCAGGACAUAAUGAAAAGCUAUAGAAACCAGCCACAAGCAAAUAGUCAUGUCUACAGAAGUGUCUUAUUGAAAAAAAUGCCCACAGAGGCAGCACUAGAUAUAAAAAAAGAAGAUAUGUCGGAAGAAGUAGAUUCCAGAGAUCUGGAAAAAGAAGAAAGAGGGGAUCUGAUAAAAUUUUAUAAUACCAUCUACUUAGAAAAAGUGAAGAACUUUGCACUGAAAUAUGAUGCUUCCAACCAUGAUCAUGUGGUGGAGGCACCUCCGCUUUCUCCCUUUCCAAGCAUUAAACAGCAGCCAGUCUCUCCUCGACGGAUAUCUCAGCAACACUCUGUUUAUGUUUCACCGCAUAAGAAUGGUGUUUGCUCAACACCUAAGACUGCACUAUUAUAUAAAUUUAAUGGAAGCCCUUCCAAGAGUUUGAAGGAAAUCAAUAAUAUGAUAAAACAAGAAGGGCAGAGACCUAAGAAGAGAGCCAUAUCAGUGGACAGCGACGCAGAAUCACCAGCAAAGAGAAUGUGUCAGGAGAAUGAUGAUGUUUUACUUAAACGGCUUCAGAAUGUUGUCAGUGAAAGAGCAAAUCAUUAGGCCAACUGGAAUGCUUUGAAGACUAAAAGUUAUUCAGAUGUUUCUUCUGUGGCUCAAAUCCCAUUCCUAUUUCAGUUUUCUUUUUUUUAUAGUAGACAGGUAGUGAACCGGUCAAAGUAUACACUGUUUUAUGAUGCCACCUUUUGAAAGUGGAGCAUGGGACAAUUAUUAAAUUUCUGCUUGCCGUUUACAGAGUUACUGUAAAAUUAGUUUGGAUCGGUUGUGUAUGAAAAGUGUACAUUUUAAUGGAUUUUAUAUACUUUUAGAUUUGUUUUCUGAAAGUGCAAGCCACUUCAGUUAUCUUAGCUCUCAGACUGCAGUUACUGCAUACAGCAGUAGAAGUUAAACCAGUUUAUUCUUUUGAUCAUUGCUUUUCUUCAAAAAUGUUUUAAUUCUUAUUCUUUAAAAGAAACUUAUGACUUUCUAUGCAUUAUUUUAAUGUGUUGUAAGUGUAGAGUAUAUAGCAAUUAACCAGAUGUUUUUCUCUCAGACUGAAGCGACAUUCUCUUUUUAUCGAACACUUGGUUAACAUUUUUAUUUGAUACAUAAGCCUAUAUGUAAAGUUCUUCAGUCUUAGGUCCCAGUUGAAUGGUAAAUGUCCUGCAGGAGGAACUGAACAAGAUGUAGAGAGUUUCACUUCACUGCUGAGCGAAAGUGGUUGCAAUCUUCUAUCAUUGCCCAUAUUGGGGAAAUUCUUGCAUUCUCUUGCUAUCUUGUUUGAAUUUGGUCUCAUAAAGAGGCAACAAAUCCUGUUGUUAGACAGACAUAUUCCUUGUAACCUAUCCAAGGCUUAUAGGGGUGUUUUUGUGCCACCAUAAAUGAUGUCAUACUAUAUACCAACUGCAUUAAGUAUGUCACGCCUAACAUGUUCUGUCAGUUCAUCAGUAAAGAUGAUUCACAUGUUGAGCCUGGCCACACUUUUUAGUAGCUAGUAUGGAAAGCAGCAAUGUCUGUCUGUCUGUCAUUUCAAAUGUCAACCUCCCACAGCUGUCAAGAAAGAUUGAAGUGAUGCUCUUUUCCCACCACCCCCACCCCAGAAAAAGAAAAAUAGUUAAUAUAAAUCAAAGAAAUUUGAAAAAGAAGUAAUCAUGCCUUGUCCCAUUGCUGGUUGUACUCCUCAGUUGGACUUUUCUGAAAUGGGAAGAGCAAAUAUGGUUUGCAAAUUGAGAACUUGUAUUGCUGCUCUGCCAUUCACAAAACGCCCAUCUAGCAACAAGAGAGAUAUUUCCUUGGGAAUACAAUGUUUUGAUGACUAGCUGUGAUUCUACUUAGUAGGGCAGGAGGGGAAAGGCUAUCAGUACUUCAAGCUACUUCAGCCUUCUCUGAACUUCUCUGGACUUCUUGGUGGCGAAAGACUCCUUGGGAUUCAAAGCAUAGUGGGCUGCUCUCAUAUGGGGAGCUGUAAUUUGUUGCCAUUUUCGUGCAUUCUGGUUAUUCACUUUUUUCCUUGAAAAUCAUGUUUUCACUUGUGUAGUAUCUACACAAAAUAUAAGCCUUAUCAAAGUAAGUGCAUUUGUACAUAAGAGUAUUACAUAACUAUUUUUAUGUGGUUGGCCUUUGCUUUUUGUUGAUGGUGUUGGGUACCAAACCUUUGAUUCUUGUUUCAGAAAUGUUUAUAAAGGGAAGCUUUGAUAAGUAGUACUAUGUGAUAGUAUGGGAAAAGAUAAGGUGAGAACACACAGUUAUAUUUAUGCUGAAGCUUCCAUAUUAGUGCAGGAGAUAACUAAUUCAAGUAUAGAAAAUUUUGUAGGGUUUUUUAAAAACUGCUUUCAUAAGUAGCUAAUCAGUUCUAAAGGAUUUUAGAACUAUUAAUCAAUAUUCCGGUAUUUAAUAUUCCAAUUAGCAUAAUAAGUCACAAGGUCAAAUAUUAAAAUAUAGCCAAAAACUAUCUUGUACAACAUAAUUUGUAUUUUUUUUACUAAUUCACUGUGGAAGAAAAUUCUCAAAUACCUCAAGACCUACAUGUGGGGUUUCCCAUAAAGUAAGUAGCGCACUGAUCAUGGUAAUUUUGAAAAUGGAAUAUUUUAUCUUUUUAAAUGUCCUUUGUUAUAUAGUGUGAUAUAAAAAGACUUUUGGCCCACUUUUACAAGUCAGUUUUUAAAACAAUACAUUUUCAAAUACGUAUCUGUUCUCUGAAAAGAUCCCCAUGUCUUGGUAAUAAAGGACUGGUGCUGAAGUUUUUAAUCAUGAUUUUAAUCGUUUAUGUUAAAUAGAUUUUAUACUAAUGUGAUAAUGUCUAUAAUUUUUAUUAAUAACAUAUUGGUUCUAAAGAAGCUAGUGAUGCUCUUGAGUAAAUUGUGGGCCUGCCCACAACAUAGCAACCAUAGCACCUUUCUAAAAAUGUUCCUAUGGUUCAUAAAUGUUCUUGUAAAUAUGUGUCUUAAUUAAAAACAUCUUUAUUCUGA